AUGGGUAACACCGUGGCUAGAGAGGAUUUCGAGUGGGUCUACACGGACCAGCCUCAUGCUGACCGCCGCAAGGAGAUCUUGGCUAAACAUCCAGAGAUUAAAGCACUGAUGAAGCCGGAUCACAACUUGAUCUGGGUGGUUGUGCUGAUGGUCCUUGCGCAGCUGAUUGCAUUUUAUCUAGUUAAAGACUUGGAAUGGAAAUGGGUAAUCUUCUGGGCAUAUGUUUUUGGAAGCUGUAUUAGCCACUCCAUGACUUUGGCUAUUCAUGAGAUUUCUCAUAACAGUGCCUUUGGCAACAACAAAGCAAUGUGGAAUCGAUGGUUUGGAAUAUUUGCCAACCUCCCUCUUGGUCUCCCAUACUCCAUAUCCUUCAAGAGAUACCACAUGGAUCAUCAUCGUUAUUUAGGAGGUGAUGGAAUUGAUGUGGACAUUCCUACCAACUUCGAAGGUUGGUUUUUCUGCACCCGUUUCAGGAAGUUCAUAUGGAUUGUUCUUCAGCCUUUUUUCUAUGCAAUUAGACCUCUCUGCAUCAAUCCUAAACCCAUUACUCGACUUGAAAUAAUCAAUUUGUUGGCUCAGCUUUCCUUUGAUAUCGUGAUAUAUUACUUAUGGGGAGUCAAAUCCACUUUUUACAUGCUUGCUGGUUCAGUACUUGGACUUGGGUUGCACCCAAUUUCAGGACACUUCAUAGCUGAACAUUACAUGUUUUUAAAAGGACAUGAGACUUAUUCCUACUAUGGGCCACUUAAUUUACUUACUUUUAAUGUUGGCUAUCACAACGAGCAUCAUGACUUCCCCAACAUUCCUGGCAAGAGCCUCCCACUGGUGAAGAAAAUAGCAGCUGAAUACUAUGACAACCUGCCACAAUAUAACUCUUGGAUAAAAGUACUGUAUGACUUCGUGAUGGAUGACACAAUCAGCCCAUAUUCACGUAUGAAAAGGCAAUUAAAGGGUGAAGUGAAACAAGAUUAAACUUUGGCAACAACAACAAAAAAAAAAAAAAAACACACAACUUUGAAAUAUCUGCUUGCUUUUAAAGUGGCUGGUAUAAGGUCUCUUGCUAAAGCUGUUAAAGCUGUUCACCUGUGUCCUGGAUUAAGAUCUACAGCAACAUAGUAAUGCAUCCUUAAGGACUUUGUAGCAGACUCCUACCAGCUAUAACAUUCCUCCCAGUCCUCAGAUUAAUUGGUUUAAUGUGUCUUAUGUUUGCCUAAGGAUCAGUGUUAUAUGCAUAAUGCUCAAUAACUUUGUUACAGAAUUUACUUCGUCAGGUGUUAAAUCUAUAUAAAAUACCUGCCUGACUCAAAAUAUUUUAAAAGGUCUCAGUGUAGUACACCACCCACAACAUUAUGUUUUAGGUGACCAUGGUGUUAAAAUGCUGUACUUACCUGUUAAUUCUAAAGUAACAUGAUUGGUUAACUUAAACCUUCUGCUGGUGGAAACCUUUCCUACUUGGUGGAAAAGCUAAAUUUGCACAGAAAUGUCUGCUUUUGUUUAAAUAUGUAGCAUGUCACUUGAAGCAUUGCUUUGAAGUUUCACCUUUUUUACUGAAAAUACCUUCAUGGAGCAAUCUCUCAGAAUGAAACUGGUAUCUUUGAGAUGGUUUGUGUGACUUCCUUAUAAAGAAAAAAAAAGUGGGGAAUUCAACUUUGUGUGUCCAUACCUACUGCCUUGAGCUGCUUGUGUUA